GGGUAGGGUGAGGUGGCGGAAGAUUCCGAAUGGGUCGCAGCCGCAGCCGCUCCCCACGGAGGGAGCGCAGGCGGUCCCGGUCCACAUCCCGUGAGCGAGAACGCAGGCGCCGAGAAAGGUCCCGGUCCCGGGAGAGAGAUCGGCGAAGGAGCCGCUCUCGAUCCCCGCACAGAAGACGCUCCAGAUCCCCAAGACGACAUAGAUCCACAUCUCCUUCCCCUUCUCGACUGAAAGAAAGAAGAGAUGAGGAAAAGAAAGAAACAAAAGAAACAAAGAGCAAAGAACGCCAGAUUACUGAGGAGGACUUAGAGGGCAAAACAGAGGAAGAAAUAGAAAUGAUGAAAUUAAUGGGAUUUGCCUCUUUUGACUCCACCAAAGGGAAAAAGGUGGAUGGCUCUGUAAAUGCUUAUGCCAUAAAUGUGUCUCAGAAGAGGAAGUACAGGCAAUAUAUGAAUCGAAAAGGCGGAUUCAACAGACCUUUGGAUUUCAUUGCAUGAGAAUUGAAAUGUUAGUAUAUGUGUUGCCGAAGCGAGCAUGAGAAUUGAAAUGUUAAAGAAUGAUUUUUUUUUUCCCUUACCUUGUUCAGAAGAGUGGAUUUUGUAUUUCAUUUUUAAUAUGCAUAAAAAACAGGAUCACAGUCCUUCCUCCUUGUAAAGUAAGAAAAUUUUAUUUAUGAUGUGUGCAGUUCACUUACCCUGACUCACAAAAAGGAAAGUUAAAUACUGCAUUUUUUUUCUUUUAGGAAAUAUCAUUUGGGGCAAUCAUCAGCCCUAUUUUUUGGUUCUUAUUGUUGUGGAAGCUGUAUAUGUUUUCUUCUUGGAUGCUUGUUAGGACUUUUUAAAACACAUAAAAGUAAUUUGGAUGUAAGUUUCUCAAAUAAAGCAGUAUUUCUACCCUUUUGUAUUUGAUAAAUAUUUGUACUGCUAUGUAAAAUUGUCCCCCUACACAGUUUUUAGAUUUAGAUUUCAUUUGUAAUUUACAAAUAACUGGAUUUUUGUAUCUUCUGUGGUUUUUUCCCCCAAUUAUUUCCUCCAUUUAUUGUUUUUCUUCAUUUUAAAAGCAAUAUAUGCUUAUUAUAUAAAAACUUGGGAGAAAUCAAAAAGUAAAAAGAAAAGCCAAAAAUCACCUAUAAUCUACCCCCAGAAACAAUCAAUAUUUUGGUAUAUGUCUUUCCAGACUCCUGUGGUGUAUAUUUAUUGCUCCCACCCAUUAUAUCAGAAUUUAUAUGCUGUUCUCUUUUGCUAAUCUUUUUUCUCCCAGGUACUGUGAACAGUUUUUAAUACUCUUACAUGUUAUUUAGAAAUUUAACUUUUAGUUAAGUUUAGCUACUUGGUGUACCAUAAUUUAUUAACUAGUCUUUUAUGAGCAAACUUUGGCUUCCCUCCCAUGACUUGCUGUUUUAAUUAAAACUGUGAGUAGUAUCCGUGUUACAUAUAUCUUUUUGUACUUUU